CAACACCUGGACCUUCUCUCAAGGUGACACUUGUAUCCCGCACACAGUGAAGGCAACACCUGGACCUUCUCUCAAGGUGACACUUGUAUCCCGCACACAGUGAAGGCAACACCUGGACCUUCUCUCAAGGUGACACUUGUAUCCUGCACACAGUCAGGGCAUCACCUGGACCUUCUCUCAAGGUGACACUUGUAUCCUGCACACAGUCAGGGCAUCACCUACCUGGAUAAAAAGACAGCUACACCAAGAAGAUGAGUAACGUAGAGUGAGAGUCUGCAGCAAGGAGGGAGAGAGGAUCAUCAGGGAGGUUGUGGCAACUUAAUAUAUGACCUGAAUAGCACGAAAUAUCUUACAUGUGAGGGAACGCAAGCCAGCUGGUAGCCAUGGAGGAUGUGGAUGACAUCCACUGGAUUGUCUACCGUCAAGUUCUGCCAGUCCUUGUUAGUUUCGGCAUCGUGGCCAACGUUAUCUGUGUCGUCGUACUUAGCAGGCCACGACUUAGGUCUCCCAGAGUCAACAGAUACUUCUUGAUCCUGGCGGUGUCUGACCUCCUGGUCUGUGUGUUCUACAUUCCUGUCAUUACCACCAUCACUGGAUGUACAUUCUCCAGCUAUGGCGAAGCCUAUUACUUUUCUCACUUCGGCUGGCCUCUGGUGGGGAUAACUCAAAUCAUCGGCACCUACACUAUCCUCUGGCUCUCCCUAGAUCGCUUUAUUGCUGUCUGGAUGUAUAGUCUCUAUCCAAGAAUACAGCAGAAGCCGAAUGUCCUACGCAACAGAAUGGGAAUUACGAUUCUACUGUGCCUCUCUAUCCAUAUAUUGUAUUGUAUCAUCGCUGAAGUAGAGUGCUCGGAUGAAAAGGAUGGUAAGUGCAUCAAAUGGAAGAUCAAAACUGGUUAUCAAAAUCACUUCAAUGAGGUUUGGCACAUUGUCUACAGGAGUGUGUUCGCCUUGUUCAUCCGGUGGGUGCCGGCUUGUUUUCUCUUGGUGUUCAACCUUGGUUUGAUUGUCGGUGUGGUCCGAGGCCGCAUCAACUUUCCCACCACCACUCAAGGAUCCAGUAGGAGUGGGGAGAAGACCCUCAUCAUUACUAUGAUCUCCAUCACCGCCUCCUAUAUUUUGCUCGUUCUUCCCAUAACCAUAUACAUCACAGGCUACGCCGAAUACAGAGAGGACCGCUGCACUGGCAGACUUUCUCAAGAGAUCCUACGAGCUGUUGGUAAUUGCCUUCAGAUAUUCGAGCAUUCCAUUCACAUAUUCUUCCUGGCUGGCUUAAACCAUGGUUUCAGGGAUGAGAUGAAGAUUUUGUUCCACAUGGGAAAAAGAAAUACGGAGGAAGUCGAAACGCUAGAAAACGGGCAGCUUGGAGUCAGUCAUUCACAGCUCGGAGGACUGCAGGUGACGUCCCACAGAGAGCAACAGAAGAGUGCUUCAGCUCCACCAGUCUUGGCUUUCACCAACAGACAAACCAUCGCAGAGUCUCUGUAGUAACCUUCCACAUUCACAGCUACCAAACUGGAAACGGGGCACAAGUUUCGGUCCAUUGUCAUGUCUGGUUUUGGUUGAGGUCAGACAAGAGACAAGACUGUUCCCGGAGACUGAGGAUGACUGCAAGAAUUUACUGAUAAACACCAAGACGAGUCCUUGAAGCUAAUCUACAGUUUCAAAAUCACAGAGGCUGUAGGAACGACCAGAUGAUAACACUCCAUUCUUAACUCUUGGAAUGUUGACUUCUGGAGCCUUAACAUUACACUCCAACAUAGCUAGUGUUGUAGUAAAUCACUAAGGAAUCUGGAAGCUUCCCAUGAUAAACAAUUUGUCAGUGGUCGUAGAUCUACGGGAUGAUUUACACGGUAACGUGACAGCCUAAAUUGCUCUUUGAGAAAUUCCUUGGCAAGGCGAAUUACUCAAGAAUUCAGGAGGACAAAUAAUAUACGAGGAAACCCCUAGAUCUUGAAAAGUGAUGGAGAUCUAGCAUGAUACACAGAGGAUAAAGCCACCUAAAUGUGGUUACUAGAGUGAACUCUUUGUUCCUGGUUUUGUAGUCUGUAUGACCAGGACACUGAACCUGUCUCUCCCAGUCCUGGUCUUGUAGCCUGCAUGACCAGGACACUGAACCUGUCUCUCCCAGUUCAGGUCUUGUAGUCUGCAUGACCAGGACACUGAACCUGUCUCUCCCAGUCCUGGUCUUGUAGUCUGCAUGACCAGGACACUGAACCUGUCUCUCCCAAUUCUGGUCUUGUAGUCUGCAUGACCAGGACACUGAACCUGUCUCUCCCAGUUCUGGUCUUGUAGUCUGCAUGACCAGGAC